AUGCACGCCAUCAACGCGCUCACGCUGCUCCUCGCCACGGCGCUCAGCACCGCCACCGGGGCUGCGGCAGUCGCGACCCUCGGCGGCCCGUGCGCAUUUGACGCAAACAACGCGGUCCAGCAGGACUGCAGCGCUGACGGGCAGCAUUCGCUCAUCUGCGAGCCCGACAGCACGUGGCAUCUCUCGCAGGCCUGCGUCAAGCCGUCCAAGUGUCCUCCUGGUGGUGGUUUCUGCGUGAUCCCGUUGCAGUUCCAGGGUUGA